AUGUCUCGAACAGGCGCCAUCUCGGUGCGCCACUCCGACUUUACCAACAAUGUUCCUCCUCCACCCGAUCAAGACGAGACGUGCCCCGUAUGCAAGACGACGCGGUACUUCAACCGUGACAUGGAGUUUCGCAUCAACCCCGAGUGCUACCACCGCAUGUGCAAGACGUGCGUCGAGCGCAUCUUCAAGGACGGACCUAAUCAGUGUCCGUAUGCUGGUUGUCACAAGACGCUGCGUCUCAGGGGUUUCAAGACGGCCUUUUUUGCGGAUCUGGGCGUUGAGCGCGAGGUAGACAUUCGAAGACGUGUCGCGGCUGUUUUCAACAAGGUUGAGGAAGACUUUGAGACGCUGGAGGAUUAUAAUGAGUACCUUGAAAUGGUCGAGUGCUUGACGAGCGAUAUCGUCAGCGGUAAUGAGGAGGCGAAGCGCAAGGCAGAGGCUCAGCUGUCGGAGUGGGAAGCGAAGCACAAGGCCGACAUUGAGCGCAAUCGACGUCUUGCUCGAGAAUCAGACGAAGCGCGUCAACGUCGCUUGGCAGCUGAAGCAGACGAAGCAAGACAGCGUCGUAUGGACGAGCACAAGGCCGAGAUGGAAGAGAAAGCCAACGCGAAGCGCUUCCGUGAAGAGAUGCUCGAUUCUCUCCAGAGUGCUGAAGACGGCCGCGCAACUGAGACGAUGAACAAGAUUUUACUCAAGAAGCGAGGUCAGACAAAGCGCGAUGGUGCUUUGGGUGCAGCUGGUGCAGGAGGGCUUUCGAUCCGUGGUCUGCGCGACAAGAAGGGCCCAGCACAUCACGUCGUCGACGACAAGCCAUACGAUCCCUACGGAGGAGUACGACUCACGACACAGCGUGUCGACCUCGCGCCGGAAAAGUUGGCAGUGUACUCGAACGAAUGGGUCGAGAUCACAAGGACAAAGACCGAGUUCAAAGCUGGAGGGUACAGUCCCGACGAGUACCUCUCCCGAGCACUAUUCGAAGCAUUCUCUGGCUUGGGCGUGUUUGUCGGUGAGGAGAAGCUGGAUAGGAGUGUUGCUACAGCUGGAGCAAGGGAAGCGGCUGUUACAGGGGAUACUGGAGGAAAGAUGGACGUCGAUGAUCCUUUCUAG